AUGUCAAAUCCAGCACAAGUUUUAUCGAGACAUCGAAAAACACCAUUACCACCUGUAGUACCAACGCGACAAACUCUUAUAUCAUGGACACAUGGUAAUAAAAAUGGUAGGUAUGACGAUGAUGAUGAUGACUCCGAUUAUAUGACAGAGAAGAAUGACGAUAAUGAUCAUUUCCCUUUACCACCGGCCAAGCGUAUUAAAUUGGCCAAUUCCGAAUCAUUACCAUCUUCGGUCACAGCUGAUACAGUAAAAAUUUUUCUUGGUGAACAUCCAGAAUUUCUUGAUUCAUAUAUUCAACAAAAUGUUAAUUCAAAUACAAUUGAACAAUGGAUGUCGAAAAAACCUCAAAAAUCAUCUCAAGUUCAACAACAGAAGAAAACUUCUGUGUCAACACAUUCUCCUUCCCCUCCUCCAUCACGUCCAUCAUCAUCAUCAAUGCCAUUGGUUUCAACACAAAAAAAAAUUGUCUCAUCGUCAACAACAAAAGUUCCAUUAUCAACAAAUACUGAUGAAACAACAGCAUCUCCAUUGGAACCAUCCUCACAAUCAAUAUCAUCGACAACAGCAAAAUCAAUGAGCAAAUUGGCAGAAUUAACUGAUCAACGUCGUUUAUUGCAUGAAUUGACUGAUGAAGUUAAUCAACAUGUAACUAAAGCUCAAAUUCUAUUUGAAUUAUGUAAAUCAAUAGCGUCAACAGUAUCAGCUGAUGGUUUUAAUUUAUAUUUGGUUGAUGAAACUGGAAUUAGUAUGCGAUUAUUUACUCCAGAAAAUGACGAUGAACAAGCAGCUUGGUUCGUUCCAAUUGCAAUAGGUAUUGGUCAUUGUAUUGCGGGUUACGUUGCAUCGGCGAAAGAGACUGUUCGUAUCAAUAAUAUAGCUAUGCUUGAUAUGGCAAAAUAUCCUGAUGGUCUUUAUAUUAAAGAUGAUAAAGUAACAACUGUUAUGGCUCAUCCAAUUGUAAAUGCUAGUGGAAUACUUCUCGGUGUAGUUGAAUUUUAUCGAAUUGAUAGUACAAUUCCAUUUUCUGAUGAAGAUGCAGAAGAAAUUUUAAAAUGCGUGAAUGAGCUUUUCACCCAAACAUAUUACGAGCUUUAUCAUUCAAUGACACGCGAACGACGUUUAAAUGAUUUUCUUUUGGCUGUAACUAAAUCAAUUUUUCAAGAACUUGUUAGUAUGGAUACUGUUAUGUUAAAAAUUAUGAGUUAUGCAAAAAAAUUAGUGAAUGCUGAUCGUGCCUCGUUAUUUAUGGUUGACUCACGUACAAAAGAACUUUAUGCACGAAUAUUUGAUAUUGGACGUGAAGAACAUGAUGUACUUGAUUCAUCAGCUAUGAGUGAUAAAGAUGGACAAAGAUUUUCACCAAAUGAUGAACGUGCAUGUAUACGUUUUCCUAUGGAUAAAGGUAUUGCUGGUUAUGUAGCAACAACUGGCAAAACAUUAAAUAUUGUUGAUGCUUAUAGUGACAAGCGGUUUAAUCGAGAUAUUGAUCAAAAAACAGGUUAUAAAACCAAAACACUUCUAUGUAUGCCAAUUAUGAUUCAAGGAAAUGUUAUUGGUGUUGUUCAAAUGGUUAAUAAAAGAAAUGGACAUUUUACUAAAAGUGAUGAAGAAUCAUUUGAAACAUUUGCUGUUUAUUGUGGACUUGCCCUACAUCACGCAUCACUUUAUGAUCGUAUACGUCGUUCAGAACAAAAAUGUAAAGUAGCACUUGAAGUUUUAUCAUAUCAUGCAUCAUGUACCGAUGAAGAAUAUGAACGUAUGAAAACUUAUACACUUCCAGACAACAUUCCUAAUAUAGAACGAUUUGAAUAUUCUCCAUGGGAUGUUGUCAAUGAUAUGAAACCACUUUAUGUCAUUUAUAUGUUUCUUGAUCUAGCUAAUAUGGAUCCAUUAAAUGCAAAUCGAUUUGAUUCCGAAUGUUUAAUGAGAUUUGUAUUAACUGUACGAAAAAAUUAUCGAAAUGUACCAUAUCAUAACUGGUCACAUGCAUUCAGUGUUGCACAUGCAAUUUACACUGUGAUAAAACAAACAAAACAUCAAUUUUCACCAAAUGAUUGUAUUGCUUUGUUUGUUGCUUGCCUCUGUCAUGAUCUUGAUCAUCGUGGUAAGACAAAUGCUUUUAUGGUAAAAAGUGCAUCCACAUUAGCUUCAAUUUAUACAACUUCAACUAUGGAACGACAUCAUUUUAAUCAAACAGUCACAAUACUUCAAACUGAAAGUCUUAAUAUAUUUAAACACUUUUCUUCCAAAGAAUAUCGACAAAUGUUAGAUGAAAUUCGUCAUUGUAUAUUAGCUACUGAUCUGGCACUUUUUUUUGAAAAUCGUCCUAAACUUGAACGUAUUGUUGAUAAUAAUGAAUUCGAUUGGAAUAACAAGGAACAUUUUCGACGCUUGCAAUCAUUAUCAAUGACAUCUGCCGACUUAUGCGCCAUGUAUAAACCGUGGCAUAUACAACAAAAUAUUGUCAGCGUUAUUAUGGACGAGUUUUGGGAAGAGGGUGAUGAAGAAAAACGUAAAGGUAUUCAACCACAAUCAUUAAUGGAUCGAUCACUUGCACAUGAGUUGCCAAAAAAUCAGGUGAACUUUAUGAAAAGCAUUUGUAUACCGUGCUAUUCAUUAAUAGUACGCGUUUUGCCAGAAACAAUACCAAUGCUUAUCGGAGCCAAAAGUAACCUUCAACAAUGGCAAGAUUUAGCUGAUGAAAAACAACAAAUAACUCGUACGAAUUUAACUGCUAUAUCUUCUGGUAAAACAUCAGAUGAUACAUCUGAUUCUUCUCGAACUUCUUCAGCUAACAAGACUCGUCAGCCAGCAUCGUCGUGA